GAUGUCCAUCAGUAUAUAAGACAGUGGCUGCUUCAAAUUUUAUGUUCAGUUGACCACUGCUCAAUCAACACAAACAAUCAACUUGAAAUGGCAGCCUGCAAUAUUGUUCUCGCCGUCCUGGCCACCCUAGCUCUCUGCCAGUCAGCGAGAGGCGGCGUAGUACCGUUUGCCGCCCCCGCAGCUAUUGCCGCCCCCUAUGUCGCCCCAUUUGCCAGCUCCUACUCGGCACACACUGUUAACCACGCCAUCGCUACCCCCGUAGCAGCUGCCGCCCCUCUGGUUGCGGCCCCUGCAGCUAUUGCCGCCCCGGCUGCAUACCCGUACGCCGCCCCCGCUGCAUACCCGGCUGCGUAUUCGGCUGCAUACCCGUAUGCCGCCCCUUACGCCGCGUACCCCUCGGCUGCUUACUCCGCAUAUCCUUCAGCUGCCUACUUGGCUGCUUUCAAGUAGAAUAAUUUAUUCUCAUACCUUCUGUUAUCAAGCAAAACACUGGAAUAUUGUCUAAAAUCAAGGGUUUAUUUCGAAAAAAUUGUCCAUAGUGUCGAAACAUUUUCGUUGUUUUUUUGGAAUUAAUUUGUGUUAUUAGAUGAUAUUCUAGUGUUCUCAUUUAUUAUCAUACGAGCGAAACACUGGAAUAUUAUCUGAAAUCAAGAAUUUAUUCCGAAAAAAGUUACGUAUAGUGUCGAAAUAUGUUUGUAGUUUUUUCGAAAUUAAUUUGUGUUAUUGGAUGAUAUUCUUGAGUUAUCAUUUAUCAUCAUACCAUUGUUGUUCAUUUGAAAGUUGUGAAUUUUGAGAAUGUUGUAUGUGUUGUUGAUUUUCUGUUGAAAUAAAACUUGAUUGAAUAAA